AACAGUUUUUUUUCUAAAAAAAAAAAUUUUAAAGAGAGAUUAAGAAAAAAAAAAUGUCUCACGAGUCACGAUAAUAACUCGACCCAAAAAUCAAACCUAGGUUAGCAAUAGAAUAAAAGUUAGGUAUUGAAAGCCGAAGGUGUAUGUUCUUACAGUCUGCAGAUACUGAAUAUUGACCUAGGAAUUUCAAUAUCAAUGGCGGAUAAGAGAAAGAGAGAAAGGGAGAACGAGACAGCAGGAGCAGGUCAUUUGGCGUCCAUAUUCGGAACAGAGAAGGAUAGAGUUAAUUGCCCUUUCUAUUUUAAGAUCGGAGCUUGCAGGCAUGGCGAUCGUUGUUCUAGGCUUCAUACUAAACCCAGCAUCAGUCCUACGUUGGUACUCGCUAAUAUGUAUCAACGCCCUGAUAUGAUUGCUCCUGCUGUUUCUGUUGAUCCGCAAGUCCAGCCUCCUUCUGAUCCUCGCAAAACGCAACAACACUUUGAGGAUUUCUAUGAGGAUUUAUUUGAGGAACUGAGCAAGUAUGGGGAGAUUGAGAGUCUCAACAUCUGUGACAACUUGGCUGAUCACAUGGUUGGCAAUGUUUAUGUGCAGUUUAGAGAGGAAGAACACGCUGCUGAGGCUUUCAAAAACUUGACUGGAAGAUUUUAUGCUGGCCGUCCAAUCAUUGUCGAUUUUUCUCCUGUAACGGAUUUUAGAGAAGCAACAUGUAGGCAGUAUGAGGAAAAUGUGUGCAAUCGUGGAGGCUACUGCAAUUUUAUGCAUUUGAAAAAAAUUAGCAGGGAGCUCAGACGACAGUUGUUUGGAAGAUACAGGAGGAGGCGCAGCCGUAGCAGAAGUGCAAGUCCUCACAGACAAUAUGGGCAUGGAGACCGACCCCGCAGUGGUCGUGGAUAUGGUGGCGGGAGAGAUGAUGAUAGAAGUCGGCGAUAUGGUGAUAGGGAAAGGAGGGGUAGAAGCCGGAGCCCAGGACGUAGAGGCCGAAGUAGAAGUCCUGCAGGUAGGAGGGAUAGGAGUCCUGUGCGGGAAAACAGUGAGGAGAGAAGAGCAAAAAUUGAGCAGUGGAACAGGGAAAGAGAACAGGGAGAAACUGGAAAUAAUGAUGUUAGUCAUGAUGCUGAUGACAACCCUAGAAAUGGAUCUGUAGUGGAUGAAGAGAAUUAUUAUGGUCAUCCUAACCAAUAGAUGGGCGAAGUGAACCGGCAGACGCGUCGUAAACCAUUACUUUCAGUAUGUAAUCUUCCCUGAUUCGAAUGAUAAAAGUAUCUCUUUUUUCAAAGGACUAGAGAAAAUUUAUUUCACCCUCUUCAACACAGCCCCAUCAAAACUGUAUCUUACCACCCGUUUUCCACUGUGCAGGUGGAGUACAGGUUCACUGCCUAAUGAUAUUGAAAGUAAAAUCUUUUUUUGAACUUUUGAAAUAGUAGAGGAAAGAUGUAUUUGAAAACAAACAAAAAGCAGGACUACCAUCCAUUCUUCAACUGAGUUUUGAGUCAAACCUGUGCAUCACAUGUUCCCCUGUCUUUCCCGCUCUCUUCUAGAAUUUUUGUGAGUAGUUAGAGCUAGCCGUUUGCCGUGCCUGCCCGCCAGGUGGGAUGGACAAUCUUCUGGCCCAGGCAUGGCACAUCACUUCAUUUCACAACCCACUGUUUGAUCUCAUAAACUUUUAUAGCAUAUGCAGUCAACCUGUAGGCUGUAGCCGCGCUCUUGUCAAUGUCAAUCAAUGCAUUUAUUCAGGGCAUUACAGUUUGGUUAUCUGAUGACUACUGUUUAAGCGGAUUUUUUAUACUUGUCAUUAGUCUUUUUGCGUCAAUGAUAUUAGCUGUAUUUUAGUUUUCUUCAUCAUCAACGUACUGCCUUUUGCUGUUUUUUCAUGACUUAUUUUGGGGGGAUCGGAAAAUAAGAAGUUGUUGCCUUGUAGGCAUUCUAGAAAUAACCUAGCGAAUUGAUCUGUUCUCUUUGUCUUAGACCUUGUUGUCAUUGUGUUUCUAAGUUGAGCAGGUUUUUCUUGCUGUUUGUAGGAUUAUCGUUUUGUUUGUCCGAUAGUUCCUUACGUAGUUUCUCAAGGUGUGCAGGUUCAAGUUUUUCCCUGCGAGAGAGUAUCAGAGUCGCUUUCAUAACAUCUCAUUGUGAAAUUUCUAUACAGGUUGGCUGUUAUCAGAGUACACUUUCUUGCAGGAUCGUUCAAAAAUCAAUGGAAGUUGAAGAAUUUUUGCUCCUGUGCUGAUUCUUGUGUGCCAAUAUCCAUAUUUUCUAUGUCAAAAAGUUUAUGGUUUAUGGUUUAUGGUUUAUGGUUUAUGGUUUUUUGGUCUAUUGAUGGACUAUUUUGACAUUUAUGUUUGCUCAAAGACUUGCUAGAACUGAUUACUAGAAAUUUGGAAAAGUAUUUGUUUGAGUGAAAGCAUUUACAUACUUUUUCUGAAUUAGACUCGAACUUAUGAUAAAUAGCAAAUUGACUUGCACUUUUUCCUUUUUUUU